UAUCAUAACGUGGCCAUGGGGUUUGCAGCAAAAUUGACUCCUGAGGAACUAGAGGCGAUGGAAAAGAAGGAAGGGUUUGUGUCGGCUCAUCCAGAGAGAAGGCUGCCUUUGCUUACUACUCAUAGCCCUGACUUCUUGGGUUUACACCAAGGAUCAGGAAUUUGGCAACAAACAAACUAUGGUGAAGGCAUCAUAAUUGGAGUUUUGGAUACAGGGAUCCCACAAGAUCAUCCCUCAUUUAGCGACGAAGGAGUAACUCCUCCUCCGGCUAGAUGGAAAGGCAAAUGCGAGUUCAAUGGGACGACGUGCAAUAACAAGGUUAUUGGUGCAAGAAAUUUCAUUGGCGCAGGCAAAGGCAAACCUGAUCCAGAACCUCCAAUUGACACAGAUGGCCAUGGAAGCCACACGUCUAGCACAGCUGCAGGAAAUUUUGUACAAGGCGCAAGCGUGUAUGGAGAGGCCAAUGGCACAGCUACUGGCAUGGCUCCUCAUGCUCACUUGGCUAUGUAUAAAGUCUGCGAAUUUGACUGUGCGGAAGGUGACGUUUUGGCUGCAAUGGAUGCUGCUGUUGAGGAUGGAGUGGAUGUGCUCUCCCUCUCGCUUGGCGGCCCCUCAAUUCCUUUCUAUGAGGAUGUGAUUGCAAUUGCUGCAUUCGGAGCAACUCAAAAGGGAAUUUUUGUCAGCUGUGCAGCUGGAAACUCUGGUCCUGAACCUGGUUCUUUGUCAAAUGAGGCCCCCUGGAUUCUUACAGUUGGAGCAAGCACAACUGACAGAAUUUUAAACAUAAACCCAAAUCCUACAGCAACAAUCUUGUAUAAUGGCAAAGGAGACCCACUCGCUCCCAAGGUAGCAUCAUUUUCAUCAAGAGGACCAAACACUGCAAGCCCUGGAAUUCUGAAACCUGACAUCAUUGGACCCGGUGUUGACAUUCUAGCAGCAUGGCCCGAAUCAGUGGACAAUGCCACACUUCCUAAUCCUAAGGCAACAUUUAACAUAAUUUCGGGUACCUCAAUGUCAACUCCUCACCUAAGUGGAAUUGCAGCCUUGCUCAAGAGCUCACACCCCGAUUGGUCACCAGCUGCAAUUAAAUCUGCCAUCAUGACAAGCGCAAAUGUUCUAAAUCUUGCCGGCAGGCCCAUUGUUGAUGAAUGGAAUAGGACUGCGGACAUCUUUGCAAUUGGUGCAGGACAUGUUAACCCUUCGAAAGCAAAUGAUCCGGGGCUCAUCUAUGACCUCCAACCAGAGGACUACAUUCCUUACUUGUGUGGCUUGAAUUACACCGAAAAACAGAUAAGGACUAUCACGCAACAAACAGUGAACUGCUCUCAAGUCGGCGCCGUAGAAGAAACACAGCUGAAUUAUCCAUCGUUUUCUAUCAUAGUAGAUCCGGAUAAAAUGCAGACCAAGUCUGUGCUUUACACAAGGACUGUGAGGAAUGUUGGCCCGGCUAAUUCAGUUUACAACUUAGAUCUUUUAGUACCAAAUAAUACGAUCAUGAGCGUGACUCCUCAGGUGCUUACAUUCACAGAGCGUAACCAAACGAUUACCUACCAGGUGGAAUUUACUGCACUUGACGAGGCUAAUACCCAGACACAAGGAUAUUUGAGAUGGUUUUCUGCAAGUUAUAAUGUAACAAGUCCAAUAUCUGUGGUUAUUGCCUCUAGGUAA